AUAAUGCCUGUUAUCUCGGUAACAGAAAAGACCUGACAAGAGAUAUUUUCGAAUUAGUCAUGUCCUUAUGCUAAUAAGUAACUUGCAAAAAAGAUUUUUCUUCAACUCGUCUGCAAAAAAACUCCAGUCAAAUCUAUUUCGACUUCAUAUGAGGGCCUUUUUUUGUCAUAGCGUUACACUCUGGAAAUUUGCUAUAAAACUGCUAAGCGCAAACCAAAAAAGCAGCCAUUGAUAGACGCAGAAUUUCACCAUUUUUUUCCCAAAGUUAAAAGUCUCAUCACUGAAGACAAUGAUUAAAUAUAACUAAAUUAAACUUAUCAUAUGCAAUAUACCGCCAUUCCGGGUAACGUUCAACCAAAUGUCUGUGCGUUACCGUUUUUGUUCUUUUAUUCCAUUUAUAGAAAACAUCGUGAAAAGCUGGAAGGCAUCUUAUUUUGUAGCUAAAAGUGUGCUCGUCAAAAUCCAUACUAAGCACAAUGCAGAGUAUUGAGCUAUCGUUCUGAUACAAUCAAAUUUCUAAUAGCCCCAUCUCGCUUAAAACUAGGUUAGGACUGUUGGAAAAACCACUGUAGCAGGAAAUCGAUCGUAUACUUUGAAAUAAGUUCUGAAGAGCACACUCUUAGCUAUAACAUGAGACAUCUCUCAGCUCUCCACGGUCUCUCAUUCAAAUAAUAUAAGAUCAACAAAAAGAGCAAAAAGUACGGUAACGCACAGACAUUUGGUUGAACGUUACCCGGAAUGGCGGUAUAUUGCACAUGAUAAGUUUAAUAUUUUCAGAAUCUCAGUUUGUUUUCUAGGUGAAACACGAACAAUCCACCCAACGGCAACAUGGUCUGAAAAUGCAACAACAGUUGCAGGUGGUAACGGCCAAGGUGAAGCAUUAAAUAAACUCGCUUUUCCAAGAUCUAUAUUUAUGGAUGAUCACAACAAUGUCUAUGUAGCAGAUUCGCGGUAUUCAUCUGAUAGUACCAUAUCAAAGUGUAUAUCGAAAGAACGUUUACUUGAUGGUCAUGUGGAUUGUAUUAAUGCUGCCGAUGAGACAACAUUAGCUGUUGAUCUAUGUCAGAAAAGUUUAUCGAAUCGCUUCCAGUCGGCUAAUGGCAUCAACGACUGUGUCGAUGAAAUUGAUGAAAAGAUGAAUGGAUACUGCCGCACACACUAUCCAUAUGAGAACGGAAAACGAUUUCGGUGUAGUAAUAGCUCCUUGUGUAUAACCGUUGCACAGUUGUGUGAUUGUGAGAGUGAUUGUCCUCUUGGUGACGAUGAAGAGUUAUUAUGUCAUUGGUUGAAUGAAUAUUUGUGUAAACGUAAGAAAUAUGUGUUCUGGUGUGAAAAUGGAAAAGGGCUAGACUGUAGUGCGUCUCGUUGUAGCGGCUAUGACGAAUGUUCAUCUGGCGAAGAUGAGUGGUUUUGUGAUAUAAGUGAUUUAGAUAGUGUUGUAGAACUCAAAUAUUAUUUUCUAUAUUUACAAGAAUAUCCGACUCAAUUGUACAAUGUGCAGCCAGAACGACGUCAAUUUUCUGCUAUGACACUAGAACAGGAUCAAAGAUAUAAAAAUUAA